ACAUGGCUGAACGAUGCACAACCUUUGUCUAAUGGCAUGUAAAAGUUUAAAGUGAUUCAACUUAACUGUCAAAUCGGUGAAUGCGUAAACUUCGCGGAACUAAAAAAUAAGUUUUAAUUAAAACAGUUUUGCUACAGUAACCUAAAUUUUAUGGUGCUAUUGAGUAGAAAACAUUAAAAUGUGGUGAUUUUUUUCAAAUUGUAAAGGCGCUAAUGCUCAAUCACGAUAUCAGACAACUGUGAUGAAAACUACUUGUUUUUGAUAUAAUGUACUCCGAAUUAAUAUUAAUAACGAUAUUAUGUCUUAUACACGGUUCUCAAUUAGUAAUCGCAGCAGUCGGCGAAACAGAUCUUAACGAUUUAUCGGAACAACAACAUUCUGUUGUAAUAAAUAAAUGCUGUGAGGAAAAUGAAGUUAUGGUGGACAAUGUUUGCCGACUAGCUAAUAAGUAUAACCAAAGUACAUGGAUACCUAAGUUUAAAACAGAAGAUGGUAAAGAUGCAAAACUGAAAUACUUUAAAUAUUUAAAUGGUGUACCUGACUGUGCGACAACACAACAAAGGCCUAUAUACUAUUUUGGAAAGUCUGAAGAUGAGUUGAAUUUACUAACUGAUGGUAGACUGAGACACCUCAUACAUCAUGAACAUAACAUAGAGAGUAUAAAGGAUGACUCAAUAACUAACACAUAUUCCCUACAUGCUCCUAUCCUCAUACCGGAGGUUAAAGAACCAUCUUCAUAUAUUCAUGAUCAGAAUAAAUACUGCAUGGAUAAGAUUUAUAUGUCAAGCACAAAUUUAACUGGUGAAUAUGCCUUAGUCUGUGUUCCUGAGGUUAUUAUUAACUGGAAAGACACAAGUUUUUUAAUGCGGAAAGUAUUGAAUCCUUUAUUCCAUGCUAUUGCUAUGGUGUUAUUUUUAUUGACGGCUAUAAUAUAUUUUGUAUUACCUACAUUACGUGAUCUCGCUGGGAAUAUUAUAACAAGUAUUAAUGUUUGCUUGAUAGUCAGUCAGGCAGCUGAUUUAGUGCGGAUAUUCACUGAAUUUAGUAAUCAUAUUAGUUUUAUUAUUACAGAUAUUAUUUUGUAUGUCAGUUUACUGGGUGCAUUCUUCUGGUUAAACAGUUUCGGUUUUUAUAUCUGGAAAACAUUCAAAUCACGGAAUGUAUUUCUGAGAGUAACCGAUGUACGCAAAUAUUGCUAUUAUUCGAGUGUGGUGUGGUCCAGUGUGAUAUUAAUGACAGCGCUGGCUAUCUCCGCACAUUUCCUACUCGACACCGGGACCAAUCCAUACAGAAAGACUCGAACGCAAUUCUCAUCGUCUAUCCUAAUUGAUGAUGUGGAACAAGAAACUAUUGGAUGGCUGGGUAUAGCAAUAUUUUUCACGCCAGUUGCAUUCACAAUUAUUUUUAACAUAUUCUUCUAUAUUACAACACUCAAAGUUAUUAAACGAAUCAAUAUUUAUGGAAGGAUUCACUACAAACUGAAAGGAUGCUUUAAUUUAUUUCUGCAGUUAUUCUUAAUAAUGACAACUGCAUGGCUAUUUCUACUUCUAUCAUGGUUGAACUUUGACGGAUUGAUUUAUGCACAUAUUGUUGUGAAUUUGCUACAAGCUAUAUUAAUAUUCUACGUAUGCGUGGGACAUCAGUCGCAUGUUACGUUUUUAUUGAGGAAAAGCUGUUGUUACGCUGAACCUGUGCCUACUGGCGAGUGGGGAGAUGAAAUGACACAUAUGAAUGGCGGUAACUAUUAAUAAUAUUGAAUCUCAAUUAUUAAACAAAAAACACUAUAUUUAAAUACAUAGAUUGACGUAUACACUCUAACAGCCUUACGUAAACGCGGUAUAAAGUUAGAGUUAGGAAUAUACUGAGUAUAAGCAAAAUCUGUACUAAUAUUUGAUUAAACUCGGUUUAUUUCAAGUUUAAAUUUAUACCGCGUUUUUAUAAGGCUGGAUAUUUCUAUAUUGAUCAUUCUAUAUUAUGUUAUUUUAUUAUAUAUUAAUAGAACAAAUGAACAAAUUCUUCAAAUCUACUUUAAGACUGUCAAAAAUCAGCUGAUUUUCUUAACUCUUUGUCAAUUUAUGUAUUUAAUUCUAGUUAAAAUUAGAAUCAAAGGUUUAGCGUAGUUUAUUGUGGUUUAAACACAAAUUAUACAUUUAAUAUUAAAGCACUAUAUGCAAAGUUAUUGUGCCUUAAUUAAAGUGGCUUACAAGUUAUGUAUAUGAUUGUAUUAAGAAAUUAUUGCCAUAAAUAUUCAUAUAAAGACAUAUCUCAUAUUCACUGAAAUGAAAAUAUCCUUUUGUAUAACUAAAAUGUUAAGUUAUUAAAUUGGUAUUUUAUCUAAAACAAUAUUACAGUUAUAACCUCCAAAGGAUAGAAUAAAAUCAUUUUAAAAAGUCAAUUUAGAAUGUUAAAGAAUUUAAUUUAAAUAUGCCAUAAAAAUAUUAAAAUGAACCUAACAUCAAUUUAAUUGUGAUAUGUUUUUUUUUUGCUCACAAAAGAUACUUAAUUACCAAUGUAACAAUUUAAAAUUGGACCAAAAUUAACAAUUUAAUUUAAGAAAACUAGCCCCAUAUCAGAUAUUUUAAAUGACAAAUUGUAUUUGACUAAUAUAGUAUUAUUAAUAAGACUGGUAAAUGUUAUUAUGUCCGUCCUAUGAAAGUUGCAGCUAUAUACGGUCUAACAUAACCUUAAAAUCUUAGAGUUGACACUUGAAAAAGACUAUCGCUAUCUCUGUCUUGUUCAGAAGAAAGAAAGAGAUGGUAACAUUGACUGUAAAUGAUAUGAUUGCUCUCUGGCACUAACAAAUAUUUUAAUUUUUACAUUUUACAUUUUUUUACUAUUUUCCAUUUAUUUUUAUAUUAUACAGUUUUAAUGAUUUCUUUGUAUAGUAGUAUAAGUGAACUGAAUCGAAUAGCAUUUUGUAUUAUUUUACUGCAAUAAAAUUAAUUAACUGUA